UGUAUCGAAGCCCGAAACGUCAUACACACUUUACUAGAUGGUUAUGUAUUUGAAUGUUACGAUGACAGAAGUGUUCGCCCAUACACAUACGCAAUAAUAAUAGAUUUGCCGCACGUGGAAUUGAAAACAAAGCGAAAAAAUACCAAAAAAUGGAUGUACUAAGCCGACCAGCCGAGGAAUUCGGCAACGAUGAAUCCGUUGAGGCGAUGUGGGCAAUGCGAGCAUUUGAUCAUGCCGAAGUUUAUUUCAACUUGCUAUGCAGUGUUGAUCCAAGAUUGUUGAAACUAACACCAUACGAUGAUCAAAUCUAUCAAGCAUUUCGAGAAGAAUUCCCCAGUUUCAAUGUCGCCAAAAUGACUGAAAACGAACUGAAAAACCCGUCGGCAAAGCAAAAAUGGCGAAGUUUCAUCGAAAAAUUCAACAAACUCGAUGACUAUAGCUACGGUACAUUGAUGCGGGCCGAUGCCAGCCAAGAUUUUGGGCCACACAAUUCGAUUUUAGUCGUUCGUAUUCAAUUUUGGGCCAUCGAAAUAGCCCGAAAUCGCGAAGGACACAAUGAUAAAAUUCGCUACAAAUACAAACCUACACCAGCUCAAGACGACAACGAAGGAGGAGAAGAACAACAAUGAGAUUUCCGUUGGAAUAGCCGAUUCGAAAAUGCAUCAUCUAAUUGUAUAAGCUAGGAUAAUUACAAUACAUUUAUAAAUGAAUCUGAAUAAAAAAAAAACCAAAUCAUUUUCAUAA